GCGUGUGUUUGUGUGAGUUGGAAUAUUGGAUAUCCAGUUUUCCACAGAUCCUCAAACCACCAUUUUCCCCUUUAAAUCUAGACCCAUUAUGCUCAAGAGAACUUAAGGAAAACGCAAACAACAAACCCUCACUCUUUCCCAAGGUUUUAUUUCUUAAUUUGAUAAUGGAUUGGGAAACACCCUGGGUUGAUGACAAAGUUAUUGAUAUUAAAGGGGAAGCUGGAAUUUCAGCUUCUUAUUCAGAGCUCAGUGAUGAAGAUGUUAAAGAAAACAAUAUUAUUUCCAUUGAGUCAGUCCUCCCUGACGAACUGUUGGAACGAAUUCUAGCCUAUCUUCCCAUAGCAAGCAUUUUCAGAGCAAGUUCUGUGUGUAAAAAAUGGAAUGAGAUUGUGCAUUCUCAUAGGUUUUUACAGAACAUCUCAACCUUAUCUCAGAAACCUUGGUACUUUAUGUUCCCCAGUGCUGAUGAUUCCAUUGGGUUUGCCUAUGACCCCAUGAUUCGGAAAUGGUACAGCAUUGAACUCCGCUGUGAUAGAACAUCAAGAUGGUUUAUUGCUUCAUCAUGUGGCUUAGUGUGCUUCAUGGAUCAUAACACUAGAAGUCAGCUAUAUGUUUGCAAUCCAAUUACUAAAGUUUCUGAGAAAGUUGAGAUGCCUCGAUGUUCAAGAGAAUUUGAUUACAGCGGUCUUGCAGUCUCAGUGGAUAGAUCAUCACGCAACUAUACUGUAGCAGUUGUAAUAUCUAAGGAUACCCCAGAUGAUUUUGUUCAAUGGAUUCUCUCGAUCCAUAUUUAUUGUUCUGAAGCAAUGAUGUGGCUAUCACCUGUGACAGAAACUCUGACAGGGUGGAGAGGAGGAGAUAGUUGUGUGGUCUGUGAUGGGGUUUUCUAUUUCCUUAUUUACUCAACCAGAGGAUUGGGUUUUAGAGGAAACCGACAUGGUCUGCUCAGUUAUAAUCUUUCUAGCCGGUCUUCUAGUGGUAUGCUUAUUGAUAGUUUCAUCCCAGUACCUUGCCCUCUUACAUGUGGCCGGCUGAUGAACCUUAAGAACAAGCUUGUCCUGGUUGGAGGAAUUGGAAAACAAGAUCAGCCUGGCAUUAUUAAGGGGAUUGGCAUCUGGAUUCUUAAGGGGAGGGAUUGGGAAGAGGUUGCACGAAUGCCUCAUAAGUACUUCCAAGGAUUUGGGGAGUUUGACGAUGUCUUUGCAAGUAGUGGUUUUGAUGAUCUUGUAUACAUACAGAGUUAUGGUGCUCCAUGUCUUCUUAUGUUUGACAUGAAAAUGAGGGAGUGGAAGUGGUCACAAAAAUGUCCUAUCUUAAAGAGGUUCCCCCUUCAACUUUUCACUGGUUUUAGCUUUGAGCCAAGGAUUGAUGUUUCUCCCUAAUUGAUUGCUUUCACAGUUUAUUAUUCCCUUAGGUGGUGUUUAUACUUCAUAGGUUUGUCCCAUACUCUUGUAUGUUUGUGUUGUAUCUUCAAAUACUUUGGUGUUCAACUUUUUGGGAAAGUUCAAAGGAAGUGUUUGAGCAAUCAAAGUUACAUUAUUAUGAAAUAGUAAUUCAUAAAUUUCACUUU